AUGUUCAGCCGGUCAGGAUACCAGGCCCUUCCCUUGGGAGACUUUGACCGCUUCCAGCAGUCCAGCAUCAGGCUCUACAGUGCCCAGAAAGGCUUCUUCUCCUUCGGGUCCAAGGAAGAUCCUCUGGGGCUGGCUGGGAAUGCUGCAGACUCCUCCCAGGGUUGGUUGUCCUGGAUCUGCCAUGGGAUUAUCACCUCCUUGGUCUUCUUGUUGAUGGUUGUCACCUUUCCUAUCUCAGGAUGGUUUGCCUUGAAGAUCGUGCCCACCUAUGAGCGAAUUAUCAUCUUCCGCCUGGGCCGCAUCCAGGUGCCACGGGGACCCGGUGUGGUCCUGCUACUUCCCUUCAUCGAUCACUGGCAGCGUGUGGAUCUGAGGACCAGGGCCUUCAAUGUGCCCCCCUGCAAGCUGACCUCCAAGGAUGGGGCGAUCAUUUCCAUGGGUGCUGAUGUCCAGUUCCGGGUGUGGGACCCUGUGUUGUCCGUCAUGAUGGUGAAGGACCUCAUCACAGCCACCCGGAUGACGGCACAGAACGCCAUGACCAAGACCUUGAUGAAGAGGAGCCUCCACGAGAUCCAGGUGGAGAAGCUGAAGAUUGGGGAGCAACUGCUGCUGGAGAUUAACAACAUGACCAAGUCCUGGGGCCUGGAGGUGGAUCGGGUGGAGCUGAUCAUGGAAGCUGUGCUGCAACCACCAAAGGAGAAUCUGGUGGGCCCUCUGGCCACUGUGCCACCUGUCCCUGGGCUGGAGGGGCUGGAUGGCACCAUUCAGCAGCUGGCUGCCCAUUUCUUCAGCGACACCCUGGCUCUGGCAGGCAACAGGACCAGCGCUGCAGAGGCAGAGAGUGUUGAGAUGGUGAAUGAGGUAGAGCCUCCCACCGCUUUGCUCCUCACUGCCACCGGCAGCGCCCGGAGGAAGCCCAGCGCGGACGAGCUGUUCUCGGCAGUGGAGCCUGUCCUCUCCGAGGCCUUGGUGGGCCAGGUGGGAGCAUCCUACCAGGUCAACAUCGCCCUGCCCAGCGGCGCCUGGAGCACCUACUUCAUAGACCUCUCCUCAGGCAGCGGACGGGCUGGCUGUGGCAUGCCCGACGGUAGCCCCGAUGUCAUUCUGGAGGUAGCAGAGAAGGACCUGCAGGACCUCUUCUUGGGUGACUUGCGUCCCUUGAGUGCCUACAUGAGCGGGAGGCUGCAGGUGAAGGGUGACCUCCACCUUGCCCUGAAGCUGGAGGAGCUCGUCAAGGCAAUGAAGCAACAUAGAUAG